AAGAACAAUUAAAAGAAGCCCAAGAACGACAAAAAGUCCAAGACGAUAUCGCCAAAAUGACGCAGGAAAAGUUAAAAGGUUAUAAUGCUUCUAAAGGUGGACAAGUUCUCUCUCCUCAUAAUAUCAAGCAUUUAGGUUUGCGUAAUCAUCCUUCUUUAAAAUGUGAAGAUUGUAAGAGACCGACUUUGAUUUUUAAAGAUGAGGCUAAUGAGCAUUUAUUACGCAUUCUCAAUGAUAUUACCGCUUUUAAGCAAGGAGAAGAAUUAGAAGCCGACGGAGAAAAAGACCCUUACUCUUCUCAACUGAAAAGAAAUAAUGCCGUAUUAUAUGGAGCCCCUGGCACGGGUAAAACAGAAUUUAUUAAUGAAUUACAAAUCCAAAAGUUAACUGAACUUAAAAAACAAAUAGCCGAAAUAGAAGAAAACCAACUAAUCCCGCCGGUAAUUGAAGUCAAAGGGGCGAAAUUAAAAUCUGCCGGGGGAAUUACCGACCAACCUAGUCCCGACCAAAAAUUAAUCAGCAUCAUCAAGCAUUAUAAAAAAGAAGUUUUUGGGGAUGAAUUUAGUCCUGAACCUUACAUAGUUUUUGUGGAAGAAGCCGAUCAAGGGGUGGAUGUGAUGGGAGGGACCGGAGGUAAAAAGAAUUAUUUAUUAGAAGAAUAUAAGAAUUUUCUCUCUACUAGCCAAGAUAAAGCCGGCUUAUCUGCUGAGGCCCAAGACCCUAAUUCUAUUAUCAUUAUUGCCACUAAUAAUUUUGAUUUAAUUGACCCAGCCGUGGUUAGAAGAGGGAAGGCAGUCGUUCUGAAUGAGCCCAAAUUAAAUGACCUUCAAAUGACCCCGCUUGACAGGCAAGAAGUGACACAAAUGGGUUUGAUAUUUGAUAUCUUCAAAGAUGUGGCUCAGAGUGCUCGUAAUAUUAAAGAUUUGAUGGUGGAAACUCAGAGUUUUGGAACACAAGUUCAGAAUUUACAGAGGCAAUUGGAUGAGGAUGUUAGUAAGUUAGAGAAUGGUUUAAAUAAUUUGAGAAAUAAUUUGGAGGCGGAUGUAAGGGCUUUGGAGCAGAAGAUUGGGUUGUUGCAGAACUCUAGUCAGUAUCAGGGCUUAUCUUCCCGGCUUAGUACUUUAGAGGGGAGGUUGAGUAACUAUGGUAGUUCUAGUUCAGGAAGCGGUGUUUCGACUGAGUCGGUUAAUUCUUUAGGUGAUAAGAUAAAUGAGUUGCAAAAUAGUCUUAGUGAGUGGCGUGAUGCUUUUAAUAAUAAUGAUAGUAGUCGGCAAACUUAUACUUUUAAUAAAGUGCAAACGGCUUUGAAGAGAGCAAAAGCAGUCUUUAAUUCUCAUUCAAAUAAUGCAUUUGGUAGGGGAGAAUAUUUUGACCUAAGUCAGUUAUUUGCUUUUAAAUGGAUAGAUAUUGGCUUUCAGGCCAAAGAUGCUGGCUUCUGUGCUUGGCUACAAAAUGAAGCCCAAAUGGAUGCUUUAGAAGUCGUGAAUAAUAUGAAUGGAGCGGGUAACUAUAAAGAAGAGGAUUUGAGGAAACAAUAUGAAGAAUAUUCAAAGGAAAAAACAAAAAAGUAUCCAGCCAUACUUAAUUUAAAAUGUAGUAAGGAAGUAUUAGCGGCUGAUUUAUCCGAUGAUGAAGAUAUAAGUGUUAAAACUUUCAUAGAUGGUUUGCAGGUCAUGAAGUCAGAUUAUUUGACUUGGGAAAAAGGAACCUUUCUUACUGAAAAAGGGUAUCUAGUAAGAUUAGAAAUGAAAUUGAUGAGAAUUCCUGAAAUCAGAAUUGAGUUUCCUGAAGAUGAUGAUAGAGCUUCUCCUAAAAGAAUGUUUGAACAUUUUAAGGAGUCUGUUGAGACAGGUAAAAAGCAUAUUCAACCUAAAAAUCUUUUAGUCUCUAACAAUUUAGAGGCCAUUUAUCGCUGUUUGACUCCUGCAAGGUUAGAAAUCUUUACUUAUAUCCAAGCCUUACAAGGUUUAGAAAUCAUUAAAUUAAAAAAAGUAGGUAAAGAGAUAAAGCCAGUAGCUCUUUAUGAACAAAUCACUUUUGAUUUUUCCGCACUUAGAAAAGUUUCCGUCACUCCUUCUUUAGAUUUGGCUGCUCAUCACUAA